AUGGAACCGCUCCGAGAGUGCGUGGAAGCGCAACGCCCGGCGGUGGACCAACUGCGGCUCACGCCUCUAGGGAAGCUCGCCCGCUACGCCAAUAACAUCGAGGGCUCUUCCUCCGGAGGAUCGUGGCGUUGUCUGUUGCCGCCCAUCGACGACAACAAUGAGGAGGAGGAGGAGGAGGCGCCGCGCAGAGUAUUCCAUAGCGGCAACUACGUCCUCAACGACGAGGAGGAUGCGAUGUCAAAUCCAGCAGGCCGUUCGGCAGGGGACGAGCCCGCGCGGCCCGUUCGCUCCGCUCUCACCCGCCUCGCACGACCUCCUCUCCCCCUCGCGCCCCUCCCAUCGCCGCCGCCGCCGCCAGCUCCCAAUCUUCGUUCUCCCUCUUCCUCGCGAGAGGCGCCCGCGCCGCCCAAGACCGCCCCCCUCGGCUCCGGCUCCGACUUCGCCGACCUCCCGCAGGAGCUCCUCCACCGGGCGCUCUCCGUGUCCGGCGCCGCCGACGUCUCGGCCGCCAGCCGCGUGUGCCGGGCCUGGAGGGACGCGCUGCAGCCGCUCCGCGAGGCGGCGGCGCUGCACGCGCACGGCCGCCGCCUCAAGCACGGCCCCGCUGUCCCCGCCCCCUGCGGGGUCGAGGGGCGCGACCUGGCGCGGCGGAGCGCGCUCGGGAUGUUCCAGCGGGCGGCCAGACUCGGACCCGCGACGGCGAUGGUGGACGCCGGGCUGCUGUACUGGGAGGAGGGGCAGCGAGAGGAGGCCAUGGGGUACUACCGCAGGGCGGCCGAGCUGGGGCACCCUGUCGGGAUGUGCAAUCUCGGGGUCUCUUACCUCGAAGCUGAUCCACCCGAGGCCGACGAAGCUGUUAGAUGGUUUUAUCCAGCUACGUCCGCAGGCAAUGUUCGUGCCCAAUACAACCUAGGCCUCUGCUUGCAGAAUGGAAAAGGAAUCAAGCGGAAUCAACGAGAAGCUGCAAAAUGGUACUUGCGAGCUGCAGAGGGAGGGAAUGUACGAGCCAUGUAUAACGUUUCCUUGUGUUACUGCUUGGGUGAAGGGUUUACGCAGGAUCAUGUGCGUGCUAAGAAGUGGCUGCAACUAGCUGCUGACUGUGGUCACAAGAAGGCUCUUUAUGAAUGUGGUCUUAAACUAUGUGCGGCAGGAGACAAGAUCAGGUCUUUCAUGUAUCUUACAGCAUUUCUGUGGAUGCCAUUGUGAAAACGGUUCUUACGAUUGAA